AUGUUAAAUAAUUUUAGCAAUGAAUUACGGAAGACAAAAUAUUCGACCAGUUCGUUGAAUGAACAUUCCAAAGAAACAUCCAAUAAUAAUAGCCAGGCUACACAACAACAACUGUCAGGUUUCUGUGACUCGGGUACGAUUAGUAGUGAGAUUUCGAAGCUUAAAAGGCAAGUGACUCGAGCAAAACUUGUGCACCGGAAAACAUUGGCUUUGUACGACAAACACUUACACAAUUUUAAUGGAUGUAUGGGAUCGCAUUUAUUUGAUCGAGCUCUUAUCGUAAAUCUUGUAAAAAGAAAUGAGGUGAAUGGUUUGCCAUACGGAGUCAUGAAGUGUGAUUAUGUGCCUUACAUUAGUUAUACAUACCCAGAGAAAGCAGAUCAAUAUUUGGAUAAUGGUCACAGUUUGCAGACAUAUUGUCCAGAUUUAUUUAUUCCCGAUUUUACUCGAGCUAAGGCCUUCAUGGCGAGUGAUCAUUGGCCUGGAAAUGAAGAAUUUACUCUAACACUUACAGAUGAAUCAGGCAAACGGACUUUCGCUUAUUGUAUUCGCCACUUGAUUCGCCAUUGCAAAAAAGAUUCUAAACAACAAGUAAACUGUUCAAAAAAUGGUGAUUUGCCAGAAGUUUUUGCCAUAAUUUCACCAAUUCAUGCUCCACAAUUUUAUCUUGCCCUUGCUGAAGAAUGUGUUUGUUACCUACAUGAAAGUUUUGACCAAUUGAAGGAUAUGCUCGAUAUCGUUUAUCAAUGCACAUUUCCAACUGAUGGUGGUUCUUUGCAUAUUCUUAAAAAGGCAAAAAGUGGCAUCAAACAAGAUAUUGUAAUUCGAGGUCAAGGUUCUAUUUUGGGUCAAACUGAUUGUUCGGCCGUAGUACGUCGAAUGGGACCAGAAGUUACCGUUGCAGUAAUUGCAGCUUUAUUAUCUGAGCAGCGAGUUAUUAUUGCUGGUGGUUCGGUACAAUCAGUUUGCCAUGCAGUUCAGUCGAUCGCGUGUCUUCUGCAACCAUUUUCAUGGCCUUAUACAUUGAUACCAGUACUACCUGAUUCAUUGACGGAGAUAGUUAAUUCUCCGACACCGUAUUUAGUCGGUUUAUUAAGAACAAAUAUGUACAAACUCAAAUCUCUAGUUUUCAUGAACAAUAAUCAAUGUGAUGAUGAUCUCGGUGAGGAAGAUCUUGUUAUAGUUGAUCUCGAUGGUGGUAUAUUUUUGCCACAGCUCACUGAAUUGCGUACAGCAAAUGAAAAUGUUGACUUUAAAAUCAAAAACGCAUACGCAUUAUGCAAGAAACUUUUGCUACCUAAAAAACUUGCUGUAAAUCUUAUUUCAAAACUGAAAGAUGCUGUUCUUGUUGGUGAAGGUUCUCUUGCCGAUGCAAUGCUUCAAAAAGCAAUGCUGACGUGGUAUGCGAGUUUAGUUUGGCCUUAUAAAAAUUGCAAUUUUAAUGCUGCAUUCAUCGCAGAAUCAAAUGGUGACUAUGACUCGCUUCGCAUAAGCAAAUCGCAGUUAAUUGCUUCACAUACGUCUAAAUCAACUCGUCGUUUUAUAGAAUGGUUUGUGGAAACUGGUGUUUUUCGUGAAUGGAUCCGCCGUAAGGUGUCAAAGUCAUCAGAAAUGAUUCUUACCCAAAUUGGAGAUGUAACUAAUCAGAAAUUUGAUGAAUGUGUCCUUGCAUUAGCUUCUCAGGCAUCUCAAAGACGUGUGGUUAAUAUAUUUACCAAAGCGCAAAACGUGAUCUUUCGUCCACAUUUCUUGAAAAAAUCCUGA